GUUAGCGAGGUGUAACCGUAAUACAACACGAUUGUACAACAACAACAACAACGCGAUUGAAAGGCAAUGGGCAAGUCAUCCAAGGACAAGCGAGAUGUUUACUACCGCCUGGCCAAGGAGGAAGGGUGGCGAGCUCGCAGCGCCUUCAAACUUCUUCAGAUCAAUGAGGACUUUAACAUCUUUGAUGGUGUAAAAAAGGUGGUAGAUCUAUGUGCCGCGCCGGGGAGUUGGAGUCAAGUGCUGGCUAGGAAACUACGAGUUGGGAAUGCAAAAGAUGACGAUGUGAAGAUAGUCGCUGUAGAUCUGCAGGCUAUGGCUCCCAUUCCAGGAGUCGUACAGAUUCAGGGGGACAUAACUAAGACAUCAACUGCCAAUGAGAUCAUUCAACACUUUGAGGGUGAACAUGCAGACCUCGUAGUGUGUGAUGGAGCUCCAGAUGUGACAGGUCUGCAUGACAUAGAUGAGUAUAUUCAGGCACAGUUACUCCUGGCGGCUCUGAACAUUACAACUCAUGUUUUGAAAAAAGGAGGAAACUUCAUAGCAAAGAUAUUCCGAGGCAAGGACGUGUCACUGCUGUACUCCCAGCUCAAGAUCUUCUUCCCCCUGGUGUCAGUGUUCAAGCCCCGCAGCAGCCGUAACUCAAGCAUAGAGGCGUUUGUUGUGUGCCAGAAUUAUUCCCCUCCAGACGGCUACAUCCCCAACAUGGCAAAUCCCCUUCUGGAUCAUCACUAUGAUUUAGAUUACAACAACCUGACUGGUCCCAACAGAGUUAUUGUUCCUUUCCUGGCCUGCGGGGAUCUCAGUGGGUUUGAUUCAGACCGGACAUACCCUCUUCAGUUGCCAGGGCGACAGUAUGAGUACCACGCCCCGACUCAGUCCCCGAUCAACCCGCCCUACCAGGAGGCAUGUCAGCUCAGACGGACAGACAAACUGUCCAAACCAGAGGACAAACUGGCCAAACCAGAGGACAAACUGGCCAAACCAGCGGACAAACUGGCCAAACCAGAAGACAAACUAGCAAAACUUGACAUGGAAAACACGGAAAAGGCGGUCGCAAAAACAAGCAACUGGAAUUCACAGGAUGAUGAAGAUAAAAGUAUUAAUGAAGAAAAACUUACUCAGCACAUGGAAAAUGUGAAUCUUCAAUAAUAAAACAUUAAUAGCUAUCUCAUACUGUGAUAAAAAUGUGUUCAUUUUUAAUUGAAGUCCAUGAAGUGUUUAUGAUGCCUAGCUUGGAAGAAAUGGUGAAAUAUUUAUUUGCACCUUUGCACCUUUCUGUAUGUUUGGUUGUCAGUCUAUGGACCUCUUAAGAAUAGUAACCACAAUUCACAUUUAUAGGCUUGAAUUUCUGAGAUGAAAGGAAGACAACUUAUGAUUUUGAGGUCAAUUGUUUGGAUCACAGGAGCUUGUAACAUGAAAUAAUAAUUUAGAAAAGUACUGUUUCUACCCAUAAAAUCAUACCUUAAGUAGACUUGGUGUCAUUUAUCAUAAAACACUAUAAGCACUGGACAUUUAAAUCGGGCUACAAUCUGUAAAUAUAGCUAUGUACGGAUUGUAAUUGCUUGAUUGAAACCAUUUGAAAUUUAUAUCAGUGUAUGUUCAUGCAAAAUAAAAACAAACUUUAUGGACAUAAGAAAGCGAGACAUUAUUCAAUACAUCAUGAAACUGCCAUGAUGUUUAAAGUUAAGAUAAAUUGGUGUGAAGUUUUUACAUUGUAGUUGUAACUUUUCAAUACAAUGUUUAUUAAGAUUUUAAAUGUUUUAAAUGUUUUGUAAUACCGGUACAUGUUUCUAUGUUGGUUUGUCUGUCCGUUCACAAUGCAGUUUGUUGAGUUAUAUAGCUAUAAAGAAACAUUACAUUUAUUUAUAGGUCUUUAGUGAAGUGAACUUCUUCAACAUUUGUCAUUAUUGAUUUAAAACUUGAAAUAUGGCGUCACAAUUAAAUGCAAAUGGGCAAAACACUUUUCAUUUCUAUUGAUUCAUAUCUUGCUAAUAUGAGCCAUUUUUGUAAUUGCAUACAAUAUUUCAAGUGUCUGCACCUGUAUAUUUCAAGUGUCAGCACCUGAUUUUUUAAACAUUUCUAAAGCCAUUUAAUUUAUACUUGAAAUAUUUUAUCACCAAUUGUGAAGAUGUGCAUGGCCAAUUUUCCAGUGAUCCAUUUAUGUUUGAGCUAUGUACCUUUGUACCUAUGAAAAAGCCCUUGUUAAAUAUGAUUAGUGUCAAAAUUGCAUAUUUGUGUUGCAUAGAAAAUCAAAGCGCUGAAGGCACUGAAGUUGUUUGCCAUUGCAUUAUCUUGGACACAGUUUUCAAAAUUAUGUUACAGCUUUCUAUAUUGCAAGUUUGAAAUGAACACAACCCAUUCAAAUUUAUAAAGAGUGUGCCUUAAAGCACAGGUCGAGAUGUCUGCGCACUGUUUAUUCUCAUAUUUAUGCCAUAGAGAUAACUUAGACAAAAAAACAAA